UCGACUGGCCGGGCCAGCCAUGGGUCGGACUGAGCACCUGGCCGUGCCAAGCGAUGACCGGCACGGUCCUCCCACCGUGCGCAGCCAGAAGCAGUUCUCAAAUGCCCGCCAAAAAGUCUUGCGAAAGACUUUAGCAGAACUGCAGUUCGAAGACGCCUGCGGAACGACGCCGGCAGCGCCGCACCGCCGCAAGGCCUUCCCGGUGGAGGAUUUGGCGUGGCCGCAGUUCCAAUCAGUGAACCUACAACAUGAUUUGGUACGAGAUGCAGACCACACCUUCUUCUACCGCCAUUCUGCCAUGGCCUGGGCCAGCAGUUGGGUUCUUCCGUUGGUCAUCGGUUUGCUGACGGCCGCCACUGGAACACUGAUCGAGAUCGGGUCCGAGUUUCUGAACCAAUGGAGGUACAGCUACCCAGAUUGGCAGAACUGCACCCUGGAGCAGUGCCAGUGGGUGCCCUGGGCUGGCGAGGCAAAUCCUAUGAACUGGCGUCGUUUUGGUGCUUAUGUUCUUUUUAGCGUCCUAUUGGCCACGUCUUCCGCCGUUUUGGUGAAGCAAUUUGCUCCAGCAGCCAGGGGCAGUGGCAUUCCAGAGGUCAAGACCAUCCUGGGCGGCUUUGUGAUGAAAGACACCUUGUCUACACAGACCCUGGUGGUGAAGGUCAUUGGGCUCAUGCUCUCGGUCUCAUCUGGUUUGGCCUUGGGCAAGGAGGGUCCAACGGUGCACAUUGCUUGCUGCUGGGCGAACGUUUGCAGCGGCUUUUCGGCCCGCUACAGCAACGAGAGCCGCUUCCGGGAGCUGCUCUCUGUGGCCUCGGCGGCCGGGGUCUCGGUGGCCUUUGGGGCCCCCGUGGGGGGCGUGCUCUUCUCCUAUGAGGAGGUCUCCACCAGGUUUCCAAAGAGCACCAUGAUCCGCGCUUUCUUCGCUGCAGUCGUUGCAGCGCUGGCACUGUCAUGGUACGACAUCUUGGGCACGGGGAAGCUGACCCUCUUUGAGGUGUACUAUCCCCAGGAGCCAGCUCUUGCUGAAUAUCCUGUGUUUCUAUUGAUGGGCUGCCUGGGUGGAUUGGUUGGGGCGAGCUUUGUGCACCUCAACAUGCAGGUCAGUGAGCUCCGAAAGGACGGCAGUGCCUUCCGACGCCGGGUGCCCAUCACGGUGGAAGUGGCCCUGAUCGCGCUGGUCACGGCCAUCACCAGCUAUCCUUCGGAGUACACUCGGGGCCUCUCCAACUUGACCAUCCACUCUCUAUUCCACAGCUGUGAAAAUGGUGACAGCAAUGUCAAUCCCUUGACGCUUUGCAAUGACGACAAGGACUCAACAGAGUCAGCACUGGUUCUCAUCCUGCUGCUUGCAGCAGCGGUGCGCUUCGCCCAAGUGACGGUGACCUUCGGAACUGGUAUGCCUUGUGGUCUUUUUGUGCCAUCCCUCUAUGUGGGUGCAUGUUUGGGCAGAGGCCUAGGAGUUCUGACUGCCUGGGCGAAUUCUUAUUGUCACUUUGCAGAUGACAUCCAUCCAGGGAUCUAUGCCAUGGUGGGCGCUGCUUCCGUUCUGGGUGGCGUUUGCCGGGUGACCAUCUCAUUGGUUGUGAUCAUGUUUGAGCUGACAGGUGGCUUGUAUUUGAUUCUGCCAUUUAUGAUUGCAGUCUUGGCCGCCAAAUGGGUGGGAGACAUUUUUAACCACAGUAUUUAUGAAUGCGUCAUACACUUGCGUCGCUAUCCCUUUCUGAACGAGCCCUGCGAGAUUACUUACUCUGCGCGUGCAUGCGACGUCAUGCAGGAGGAUCUGCACUGCGUCGCCCUGGAGGCCUCCGUAGAGACAGUGCUGCACGAUGCCAGGGAGGCGCCCUUCGCAGGAUUCCCAGUGGUCAACAGCAGCGAGGACCUCUCAGUGGUGGGUUAUGUCUUGGCCAAACCUUUGCAGGAGUUUCUGGAAGAGCAGCUGUCCUCCUCUCGAUGUUAUGCUGAUUCCAUGGUCUCCUUCCAUGGCACUGGCGGAUCUGGCGGCUGUUUGGAUGCCUCGAAGCUGGUCGACACCUCGGUGCUGCUGGUGGUGCCCGACACCCCGGCGUCACAGAUCCACAGCAUCUUCCGGCACGUGGGAUCCAAACUGAUCAUGGUCACCAAAUUGGGCAAGCUGGUGGGCAUCAUCACCAAAAAGUCCUUUCUGAAGUUUUUGAGUGAGGGGCUUGAGCAGAAUGAAGACAAGACAAUAGCGGCAGUACCACCAGUGCAGAUAAAAAUCGAGGAAAGCGAGGUUUGCCCCUAUGUGGAUGCAUAUUGUCGACAAGCCUCGCACCCCGCCGUCGCCUUUCCUGAGAGAUGUGAAAGUUUGACUUCAAUUCGCCAAGAGGUGGUGCAGGACUUGCAAGCACGACCAUUGCUGGCCUCGCGACCGAGCGUGCUGUUGCGGCACGAGGGAAAAGCGAAGUCUAGGCUGUCGCAUUUGGUGACCAUUCACUGGCCGGAGGAGAGGCAUAGAAGCCAGCCCAUUUUUUGGGGCUCUUUGAAAAGCUUCCUGGACAUGACCUUCUUGCCAGUCGUCAUUGGUUUUGUCACUGCCAUUGUGAGAUGCCUUCUGUUGCUGUGUUGUGGGCUGACUCGCCAUAUCUACCAUGAGACCGACUCCUUCACCUAUGUGCUGCUGAUUUCAUUGCCUUUGACACAGCUGAGUGCCAGCCUCUCCUGGUGUUCGGCUGAUUGCAGCGGAUGUGGCAUGCCCGAGGUGAAAACGAUUCUGAACGGUUUCGUCAUGGAUGAAAUGCUGUCAUUUCAGAUGUUCCUUUUUCGAUUCCUUGGGUUGAUUCUGACCGCCACUGCGCGCCUUUGUCUGGAUUUUGUGGGCGUGUUGAUGCACCUCGCCGCCUGCUGUUCCGACCUUUGCUGCCGGCUGGAUUCCAUCCGGAACGAGGCGGUCCGACGUGAGAUGAUUUCGGUCGCCUGUGCUGCUGGGAUCUCCGCUGGUUUUGGGACACCGCUGGGCGGAGUCCUGUGGAGCUUGGAGCUGAGCAGCCAGUUUCCUCAGCAGACGCUGAUCUCUGCCUUUCUGGCAGCCAUUGUGGCAGAUCUGGUGCUGAAAGCCAACAUCUUCAACACCAGUAUAGAUGUCUUAAGGGAGAUGAAGGAGGUUGGGAGCAGCUAUAAACACCUUCCCUCAGCGACAGAUCAGGUCCUGAUCGCAAUGCUUGGCUUGAUGGGCGGCUUACUUGGUGCCGGCUGUGUGCUGUUCAACAUGUACGUGUGUAGACUUCGGAGCCGCUACGGAUGGUCGGGCCCAACGUGGAGGGGGAGGCUUUAUAUCGCAAUGGUGACAUGCCUGUCCUGUACUGCUUUCUCCCUAGAGCCACUUCUGCAAGUGCAUACAGACGCUCUAGAAGCAUUGUUCAGAUCCUGCCAGAGUGGUUCGAAGGUCCCCCAAAACUUCGGACUGUGCCACGGCUCGGAGCCUGUGCACUCCACUGAGCUGGCUAUGACCCUGCUAAGAGCGGGUAGCUUCUUUUGGCUGGAAUUGAUUUUGACCUACGACUCGGGUGUGCCUGGAGGCUAUUACAUCCCAUCCUUCUUCAUUGGCGCCUGCAUGGGUCGCGGGAUUUGCACUAUGGCACACUGCAUGGGUUUAUUUGCCACGGUCCAUCCGGGCAUCUAUGCCAUGGUGGGGGCUGCAGCAGUAAUGGCUGGCACUUGCCGGGUGCAUGUCUCCUUGGUGGUGAUUAUGUUUGAGUUGACGGGCGCCUUGCAAUUGGUGAUUCCGUUUAUGGUCUGCAUCAUGGCGGCCAACUGGCUUGGCAACUUCCUCACCUGCAGCAUGGAUCAUUGUCACAUCCACCUGCGGGGCUAUCCACAUCUGGAGUCCACUGGUGAUGUGGUACUAAAGAGCCAUGCAUAUGACAUUAUGGAUGAGGCUCUUGAAUGCCUCACCUGCGAUCCUUGUCAUCUCUCAGAGUUCAGUGCUUGGAUCGAAAAGGCAGAGUACGGAGGCUUUCCAGUGGUGCUGUCAGAGGAUUGCACCCUCCUGGGUUAUGCUUCCAGAGAGGGCAUCAGGGACUUUUUGAGGGCCUUGCCGGUCAGAAUCACCCGGACCAAUCCUUUGGUUUCUUUCCAGCCACGGGAGAAUAUGGUGGAUCUCUCAUCCUUGGUGGACCGCACGGUGCUCCAAAUCGUCCCCGAGAUGCGCUUGGAACAAGUACACCAGAUCUUUCUUGAGCUUGGCGCCAAGUUGGUGUUGGUGUCUCGCUUCGGCAAGUUGGUGGGUAUGAUCACAAAAAAGGCCUUUGUGGAUUUCUUGAGUGACGGCGACAUUGGCAACAUCCAAAGAGAUCCCGUGCUGGCCGAUCAAUCUGAUAGACCCACGCGCGAAGACUUGGAGCAGACAUUGCUUAAAUGAGAAAUGCCGAUUUCCUGUGCCAGGAAAUUCCGGCUGUGACUUCUAUCAGGAUUUAAAAUGAUCCUAGACCUUCCAACGUUCAAUAAUUUCUGUACUUUUGGGCUUUUGGCCGCAAAUGACCGC